CUCCAUUGUGUGCUUGAGUUAGACAAUUGUUCAUUGUUCAGAUUAUUAGUUGGCUGGAGAAUAUUGAGUUCUACAAUCUAUUGUCCCGUCUUCUCAAUUAAGAGAUAUAUGUUUCGUUCUGGAUUGGCAGUACUCAAACGGUAUCCGUUCCCCGCCUCAAUUCGAUCCUACAGUAGAACCGCCAGGAUGUCGUUGAAGGCUAUUUCCUCUAAAGAUGCCGCAUCCCUAGACAAAGACCUGAUGGAGAUCGGAGGAUGGUCCCUGGACCAACUGAUGGAACUCGCUGGAUUGUCUGUUUCGCAAGCAGUCUACCGCGUACAUCCUCCAAGCGCUGGGAAGAACAUCCUAGUUGUCUGCGGCCCCGGCAACAACGGAGGAGAUGGUCUAGUCGCUGCUCGCCACCUCGCUCAGUAUGGUUAUAAGCCAUCCGUUUAUUAUCCGAAAGAGGGCAAGAACGAACUUUACCAGCGUCUCAAAACCCAACUCGACAACCUCUCCGUGCCAUUCAUUACCGAUUUCCCCGUCGCAAUCAAAACUGCUGAUCUCCUAGUUGAUGCAAUCUUCGGUUUUUCUUUCGGUGGUCCCCUUCGCGACCCUUUCCCGACCAUCGUCUCUCAGAUCGAGGCGGCUUCGGUGCCUGUACUAAGCGUCGAUGCGCCCAGCUCUUGGGAUAUAGAGGGUGGUCCACCUAAAGAAGGCCCCGGGUCUAAGUUUAUGCCAGAGUAUCUUAUCAGUUUAACAGCUCCAAAACCGUGUGUGAAGUAUUACCAGGGGAGGCAUUUCCUCGGUGGUCGGUUUUUGACGAAGAGUAUCACAGAGAAGUACGGCCUAGACCUUCCCAGUUACCCAGGCAUUGAUCAAAUCGUGGAGGUUGGGGUUGAUGCCGAGGGAAGACUCUAAAGAUAUCCAUUACGAUUGUAUUUAAUGUUUUGCUGUCUAGAAGAAGGCUAACGUGACUCUAUGAGGUUAGCUCAUAUGUACAGCGUGUGUGGAUUGCCUAACG